GAUUAACUUCGAGCUCGUCCCUGGUGAGGCCGUGAUUGAAAACAGGCGAUUCAAAGUGCGUCAGGUGAAAUAAAUAAAUAAAUAAUAAUAAUAAAUAAAUGAAGGAGGAAGAGGAGUCAGUCAGCUGGUGGGGCGUCUGGCAGCGCAGCACCCACGUGUUUACAUUUUGCUAGACCUUUAAACACCAAUACACCACACACCCUAUUACUGCCAUGGAUGCUUGUUCAGGUGGCACAGUGGUUCUUGUGUCUUGUGUCACGUCUCCCCACAUGUUCACUGGCAUCCACCUCACUUCAGGAGAGCAGGAGCUGUUCAAUCCACCACCUGAGGGGAAGAUUAAAGAGGCCUUGCUUAAACUGUCCACAGAAGCCAAAGAACUGUACCUGAAUAGCCAAGUGCCCGUUCUGGAUGCUGUUCCCUCACCCCUGGAGUUCUACCGGGAGUGGGUGGCCGCCAACAAGCCGGUCAUCCUGCGAGGGGUCACCCAACACUGGCCGGCCCUCACCAAGUGGACGCCGGAUUACUUGAGGGCAAGGCUUGGAGAGAAGGAGGUGUCAGUGGCAGUAACACCCAAUGGCUAUGCUGAUGCUCCCAGUGGUGGCUACUUCGUCAUGCCAGAGGAGCGACAGAUGAAGUUUGGCAAGUUCCUCGACAUCAUGGAGAAUCCCGACAGCCAGCCUGGGAUCUUCUACGUUCAGAAACAAAACUCAAAUUUCACAGAGGAGUUUUCCGAGAUCAUGAGUGAUGCUGCCCCUGAGAUCCCCUGGUUCUCAGAGGCCCUGGGGAAGAGUCCUGAUGCCGUGAACUUCUGGAUGGGGGAUGAAAGAGCUGUCACGUCAAUGCACAAGGAUCACUAUGAAAAUAUAUACUGCGUCAUAUCUGGGUACAAAGACUUCAUACUCCUGCCCCCAACAGACGCUCCCUGGGUGCCCUACAGAGCAUACAAGCCCGCCACGUACAGGGAGACUGCCCCAGGGACCUUCACCAUAGAACCUAGCCCAGGGGAAGAGGUACCCUGGAUUUGCAUAGACCCUGUAGCCCCUGAUAUUGUGUCCUAUCCUCAGUACAUGCAUGCCUCCCCUGUGCAGUGUCGGGUAAGGGCAGGGGAGGCCUUAUUCCUGCCUUCCCUGUGGUAUCAUCAUGUGCGGCAGUCCCAUGGGUGUGUGGCGGUUAAUUUCUGGUAUGAUAUGGAGUAUGACGUGAGGUAUAACUAUCAUAAACUACUGCAGUCUCUUUCAUGGGUGAGAGAGCCCAGCUAGUGGAGUGUUGAGGGUGUGGAGUGGGGAGUGGAGUGUGGAGUGGGGUUGUGGGUGCUGCAAGAAGAGGUGUGUGUGGAAAUCACUGGUUUUAGAAAGGUUUUAGGUUCAGUUUUAGGUUGGUUUAGGUAGGUUUAGGUAAUUUUUUGUGGGUUUAGGUCAGUUUUAAGUAGUUUGAGGUUAGUUUAGUUAGGUUUAGGUAGUUUUCAUAGGUUUUAGGUAAGUUUAGGUUGAUUUUUAAGUAGUUUUAGGUUGGUUCUUGUUUUAGGUGGGUUUAGGUAGUUUUAAAUAACUUUUAUUUGUUUUAGGUAGGGUUUAAUUAUUUUAGGUAGUUAUAGGUUGGUUUUAGGCAGUUUUAGGUAGCUUCAGGCAGUUUUAGAUAGGUUUAGGCUGUUUUAGUUAGGCUAAGUUAAGUUACAGGUAGGUUUGAAAUAGUUUUAGUUGUUUUAAGUGAUAUAAGUUAAGGUUUGGGUAGAUUUUAGGUAGUUCUAGUUGUUUUAGGUAGGUUUUUGUUGCUUUAGUUGGGCUAAGUUAAUUUCUAGGUAAGUUUUAGGUAGUUCUAGUUUUUUAGGUAUGUUUUUUUGUUGUUUUAGGUGGAUUAGUUAAGUUUCAGGUAGGUUUAGGCAAUUUUAAGUAGUUUUAGGUUGUUUUUAUGUGGCUUUCAGCAGUUUUAGAUAGAUUAUAGGCAAUUUUAGUUGUUUUAGGUAGAUUAUAGAUACUUUUAGUUGUUUUAGGUAGAUUAUAGAUAUUUUUAGUUGUUUUAGGUAGAUUAUAGAUACUUUUAGUUGUUUCAGGUAGAUUAUAGAUACCUUUAGUUGUUUUAGGUAGAUUAUAGGUACUUUUAGUUGUUUUAGGUAGAUUUAGGUACUUUUAGUUGUUUUAGGUAGAUUUAGGUACUUUUAGUUGUUUUAGGUAGAUUAUAGAUACUUUUAGUUGUUUUAGGUAGAUUAUAGGUACUUUUAGUUGUUUUAGGUAGAUUACAGAUACCUUUAGUUGUUUUAGGUAGAUUAUAGGUACUUUUAGUUGUUUUAGGUAGAUUGUAGGUACUUUUAGUUGUUUUAGGUAGAUUGUAGGUACCUUUAGUUGUUGUAGGUCGGUGUAGGAAGGUGUUUUAUACAAGGACCGCCAUGCAUACUCUGAUGGCUUCUUGCAGCUUUCCUUAAAUUUUUUAGGUUCUUAUACUGGAAGGACUACAGCUUUUGGAAAAUGAAGUGAGGUAUAAUUCAGAAUGCUGCUCUCUCUCUCUCUCUCUCUCUCUCUCUCUCUCUCUCUCUUGGAUGAGGAAACCAAAGCAGCUGUCAUUUUUAAUUCGUCUUUUCAUAUUUCAUCUGUUUUUACCUCUAAUAUUUUCAUAAUGUCUUUGUUCCUCCUUGUGUUCAGAUUUUCCUUCUGGUUUUCAUUUUCCUUGUGUGUUUUCUCAUUUCCAUCUUCCUCUGAACUGUUGGAGGAAGUGCUGUGUUUUUAUGGAGUGUUGUACGAUAGCUUACUUACUUAGGUACUUAAUAAGCCACAUAUUUAUCAUCAUUGUUUAUUUUCUGUUACCCUUCCUGCAUUGUUCGUGAUUUAUGUUAGUUAAUUAGUUAUUUAUCUAGUUAGUAAGAUAAUAAGCUGUGUAUUUUUAUUUUUUUUUCCUUUCCUACAUCAUUCUUAAUUUGUUAGUUUCUUAAUUAGUUAGUUGGUUAGGUAGAUAUAGUUUAUUAGUUACCAUAGUUAGUAGGUAGUUUAUUUGUUAGUUGGUUAGCGUUUCUUCAUGACUAUACUGAGACUUGUGUUCGGGGUGUCAGUCUGUGAUACACAGAGGCAGAAGAUGAAAUAAAAUGCUUGUGUCCUCAGCAA